CCGUGCAGCAGGAACCAGGCCAUGGUGAACGAGGCCCAAGGGAACAGUGGCCCCAGCCCCAGCCCCCACUCGGAGAGCAGCAAUAGCGGCAGUGAGAGCUCCAAGGACAAUUCAAGAUGUUCCACACCUGGCCUGGACCCGGAGUGGCACGACAGGCUCCGGGAGAAGAUGAGGCGGAGGAUAGAGUCGGGAGACAAGUGGUUCUCUCUGGAGUUCUUCCCUCCCAGGACUGCUGAGGGUGCUGCCAAUCUUAUCUCCAGGUUUGACCGGAUGGGGGCUGGUGGCCCCCUCUUCAUCGAUGUGACCUGGCACCCAGCUGGGGACCCCGGCUCCGACAAGGAGACUUCCUCCAUGAUGAUCGCCAGCACCGCUGUGAACUACUGUGGCCUGGAAACCAUCUUGCACAUGACUUGUUGUCGUCAGAGCCGGGAGGAGAUCACAGGCCAUUUGCACAGGGCCAAGCAGCUGGGACUGAAGAAUAUCUUGGCUUUGAGGGGAGACCCCGUAGGUGACGAGUGGGAAGAGGAGGAAGGAGGCUUUAACUAUGCCGCAGACCUGGUGAAGCAUAUCCGAAGCGAGUUUGGUGACUACUUUGACAUCUGUGUGGCAGGUUACCCCAAAGGCCACCCCGAGGCAGGGAGCUUCGAGGCAGACCUGAAGUACUUGAAGGAGAAGGUAUCUGCAGGAGCCGACUUCAUCAUCACCCAGCUUUUCUUUGAGGCUGACACAUUCUUCCACUUUGUUAAGGCUUGCACCGAGAUAGGCAUCACCUGCCCUAUCCUCCCCGGAAUCUUUCCUAUUCAGGGCUACUACUCCCUUCAGCAGCUCGUGAAGCUGUCCAAGCUAGAGGUGCCGCAGGAAAUCAGGGAUGUGGUGGAGCCCAUCAAAGACAAUGAUGCUGCCAUCCGCAACUACGGCAUCGAACUGGCUGUGGACCUGUGCCAGAAGCUCCUGGCAAGUGGCCUGGCGCCAGGCCUCCACUUCUAUACUCUCAACCGGGAGGUAGCCACCAUCGAGGUUCUGAAGCGCCUGGGCAUGUGGAUUGAGGACCCCAGGCGUCCCCUACCCUGGGCCAUCAGUGCUCAUCCCAAGCGCCGGGAGGAAGAUGUGCGUCCCAUCUUCUGGGCCUCCAGACCAAAGAGUUACAUCUACCGCACCCAGGAGUGGGACGAGUUCCCGAAUGGCCGCUGGGGCAAUUCCUCCUCUCCAGCCUUUGGAGAGCUGAAGGAUUACUACCUGUUCUACUUGAAAAGCAAGUCCCCAAAAGACGAGCUGCUCAAGAUGUGGGGGGAGGAGCUGACCAGUGAAGAAAGCGUCUUUGAAGUCUUUGCCCACUAUCUGUCGGGAGAGCCAAACCAGAACGGUUGCAAGGUGACUUGUCUGCCCUGGAAUGAUGAGCCCUUGGCGGCCGAGACCAGCCUGAUGAAGGAUGAGCUGCUACGAGUCAACAGACAGGGCAUCCUCACCAUCAACUCCCAGCCCAACAUCAAUGGGAAGCCGUCCUCCGACCCCAUCGUGGGCUGGGGCCCCAGCGGAGGCUACGUAUUCCAGAAGGCCUAUUUAGAGUUCUUUACAUCCCGAGAGACCGUGGAAGCGCUGCUCCAGGUGCUGAAGAGAUACGAGCUCCGGGUCAAUUACCACAUUGUUGACGUGAAGGGUCAAAACAUCACCAAUGCCCCCGAGCUACAGCCCAAUGCAGUUACUUGGGGCAUUUUCCCUGGGCGCGAGAUCAUCCAGCCCACAGUGGUGGACCCUGUCAGCUUCAUGUUCUGGAAGGAUGAGGCCUUCGCCCUGUGGAUCGAGCAGUGGGGUAAACUAUACGAUGAAGAAUCCCCGUCCCGCAUGAUUAUCCAGUACAUCCAUGACAACUACUUCCUUGUCAACCUGGUGGACAAUGAGUUUCCGCUAGACAACUGCCUGUGGAAGGUGGUGGAAGACACGUUUGAGCUGCUCAACAGUCCUGUUCCGGAGUGA